UCCAUCUCUCCCUCCUUUGAACCAGUCAAAUUGAUUUAUAACCUCCUCGUCCUUUUCCUUUGACUUCUCUUUGAAAUUGAAGUCGCUUUCCAUAUCCAUCGAUUUAGGGUUUCCGAUUUCGUUUCAGAGACUUUCUCUCGCUUCUCUCACUUUUCCCCUUCUUCUUUCGGCUCCUCUUUCCUUUCCGCAAUUCCCGCAAUACGACUCCCUUUCCUAUUAGAUUCCGUAAAUUAUCAUGAUCGAUGUGUUUGAUCCGAUCUCGAGUCGCGUCAAAUAGCUAAUCUAUCUACAGAUAUAUAUAUAUAUAUAUAUAUAUAUUUUAUCUGGUAGAUCGCUUUAGGGUUUUCGUGUGUUGUUUCAAUGGUGGGUACUCAACGGUCGGAGGAGCCACCGGUUAAAGCUCUUAAGAGCUAUGGAAUUACGAAGCCGCUUUCUGUUACUGGCCCUUCAGCGGCUGAUUUGAAGCGUAAUUUGGAGCUGGAGAAGUUUCUCGUUGAUGAGGGUCUCUACGAGAGCAAUGAAGAAACAAUGCGGAGAGAGGAAGUUCUUGGGCGCAUGGAUCAGAUCGUAAAACACUGGGUGAAACACUUAACUCGUCAGAGGGGGUAUACAGAUCAGAUGGUGGAGGACGCAAAUGCUGUCAUAUUCACUUUUGGAUCUUACCGCCUUGGAGUACACGGACCUGGGGCUGAUAUUGAUACACUGUGUGUUGGCCCAUCUUAUGUUAACCGAGAGGAGGAUUUCUUCAUCAUCUUGCGUGAUAUAUUGGCUGAGAUGGAAGAAGUGACUGAGCUUCAACCUGUUACUGAUGCUCAUGUCCCAGUCAUGAAGUUUAAGUUCCAAGGAAUAUCUAUUGAUCUUCUGUAUGCUAGCAUAUCACUUCUAGUUGUGCCACAGGAUCUGGAUAUCUCCAACUCUUCUGUGCUGUGCGAUGUGGAUGAGCAAACUGUCCGCAGUCUUAAUGGUUGUAGGGUUGCUGAUCAGAUUCUUAAACUCGUUCCAAAUUUCGAGCACUUCCGGACAACACUAAGAUGCAUGAAGUACUGGGCUAAGAAGCGUGGGGUCUAUUCAAAUGUUACUGGAUUUCUUGGUGGGGUAAACUGGGCACUUCUGGUUGCACGGCUGUGCCAGCUUUAUCCAAAUGCUAUUCCUAGUAUGUUGGUUUCUCGAUUUUUUAGAGUAUAUACACAGUGGCGCUGGCCGAACCCAGUCAUGCUUUGUGCAAUAGAAGAGAAUGAGCUUGGAAUACCUGUCUGGGACCCAAGGAAAAAUCACCGUGACCGCUAUCAUCUUAUGCCAAUAAUAACACCUGCAUACCCGUGCAUGAAUUCUAGUUACAAUGUCUCUCAAAGCACUCUUCGUGUUAUGACUGAGCAAUUCCAGUAUGGUAACAAGAUCUGUCAGGAGAUUGAGUUAAAUAAACAACACUGGAGUUCCUUAUUCGAACAAUAUAUGUUCUUCGAGGCAUAUAAAAAUUACCUUCAGGUUGAUGUAUUAGCAGUAGAUGCAGAAGAUCUAUUGGCUUGGAAGGGUUGGGUGGAGUCACGGUUCAGGCAGCUGACUUUGAAGAUAGAACGAGACACAAAUGGGAUGUUAAUGUGCCAUCCUCAACCAAAUGAGUAUGUGGACACUUCCAAGCAGUUUCGGCAUUGUGCAUUUUUCAUGGGCUUGCAGAGGGCAGAAGGAGUUGGUGGCCAAGAAUGUCAACAAUUUGAUAUACGUGGAACAGUAGAUGAGUUCAGGCAAGAGGUAAACAUGUAUAUGUUUUGGAGGCCUGGGAUGGAUGUGUAUGUCUCUCAUGUUCGUAGACGGCAGCUUCCACCUUUUGUUUUUCCAAACGGAUAUAAGAGGCCUCGGCAAUCCAGGCACCAGAAUCAACAAUCCCGAGAGCCUGGUGAGGAGGGUGUUGGUUCAGUGUCCGCUUAUGUUGAGAGACAUGCGAAGAGGAAAAACGACAAUGAAAUGAUAGAUACGAGGCCAGAGAAACCUGAGAAGCGUGCAUCUCUUAGUCCACAUAGUCUAGAUGCAGUUUAUCCUGAUAGUAGUGCUAUCACAACUGGUGAGACUCCUCCGAUUGGCAUUGAGUCAGGUCCUAGAGCCGAAUGCUUAGUAACUACUGAUCUUGAUUGCACCACUCCUAAUGUCGAAGUCGAGGCUGAAAGAUUUAUUAGGAAAAGCACUGAAAUCAUAGAAGUUUCUCAGAGAGAGCAUAACUCUGGUAACGAGCAAACCCUGGAAGUAGAUAGUAGGGCUCUUGUCCAAGGUUGUCAUGACCUGGCUGAGCCUGUAGAAAAGCAUGUGAGACCGGACCCUAGUGCUGUGGUAGCAUGUGAAGGUGGGCAUAAUGAAGAUGAAGGUCGUAAUAUGUGCUCUGAAGCCAUCAAUGAUGACACGCCACAUCUUCCAAGGCGACUAAAUCUGAAAGAGAAUGUUGAUGAAGUUGAGAGGGAAUCCAGGUCGGGAAAAAUUGCUGAUGGUGCUUUGCGUAAUGGAUACUGUGGGCAGAACCUGGAUCAUGAGGGUUUUUUUACUGGUGCAAGUUUGGAUCCAUCUGUGGAACAUAAAAACUUGCAUUCAGAUGGAUUGUUCAAAAGUGGCUUGUCGGAAGAACUUCAGUCAAAUCCUUUGCUCAGCGGGAUGGGGAGACCGGAAGAAGGUGCUAGCAGCAACAGGUUGAGCUUGGAGUCGAUAGUGUGAGCUAGGUCUCUCGUAAUGAGAACCUGAAGUCAGAAAAAAGGAAAAGAUCAAGAAACAAAAAUAAAGAAGAAGAACCAGAGCACGUAGUGUUGCUUUGGACGUCUUCCAGAACUCGACAAUAUUGGUAAGCUUAAAUCCAAAAAAUCCAAAAGCUUAAAAAGAGAAAAAAAGUAAGAAAAAUCCAAAAAAAAAUAAGAUAAAAGAUUAAUUAAAAAAAACAAAUAACAACUUUGAAAAUGAUCUUGUUUGUUCGUAACUCGUUGGGAUGGUGAGUAUCCAAACUCUGGGAAGAGGGAGUUUGGGAUGCGAAAGCCGUGCUGUUCGAUACUAUGCUCCAGGAAGUUGGGAAAAGUAAGGUGUGGAGCUUGUGCUGGUUCAAUACUUUUUGUCCGAGAGUUGCCUAGGAAGAGGAUCAAUGAGGUCACCAUGGUGAUAGGCAAGUGAAUUAGAUCUGUCUACCUUUACAGGCUAUUUCAGACUGUUUUCUGUAUUUGAUAUGUUUUCAGAUUUGGGAUCAUUCUGUGUGUUAUAUGAUUCUGUCUGCAUAAAUAUGUCUCCUGCUUUUUUUUUUUUUUUUUUUUUUUUUCCAGUUGCUAGUCGCUUCUUUCAUAAAGACCCAUUCUUAAUC